CGCGGCGGAAUAGUCUUUGGCAAGGUGGAUGGCAUGGAGAAGCAUCUCAAGCUCAAGGGAACCCAGUACAAUACACUGAUGGCGCUUUUCUACCCGACGUUCCUGGUCUUCCAGAUCCCGCUCAACUUUUUGUGCCGCAAGAUUGGCGCUCGCAAGCAUCUUCCAUCCAUGCUUCUUCUUGCUGGCACCAUGAGCGUUGGCGCCAUGGGUGCUCGGAAUUUCCAAGGCAUGGUCGCGAUCCGUCUACUUGAGGGCUUCGCUCAGGCAGGCUUUAUCUCAUCGCUCUACUUCACUUUCGGUCUCUGGUACCCGCGCAAGUACUUGGCUCCGCGCCUUGGGUUCGCACUGAGUACAAGUGGCCUUGCCGGUAUUCUCAACAACUUGGUC